CGCCGCCAGCUCUCGCGAGCCGCGCCCGGCGCUCGCCGCACCGCCGCCAUCUUGUCGGGCGCCGCAGGGCCGGGGCAGUGCCCGAGGGGUACCAUGUUUUUAACAAAUGUAUUGCUCCGGAAGAGAAUUCCUGGAAAACAAUGGAUUGGAAAAUACAGGCAACCAAGAGUGGUUACCCUUUCAAUGAAGCAGGCAAUGAUCCGAAGGUUGGAAAUUGAAGCGGAGAAUGAGUACUGGCUGAGUCGACCGUACCUGACACAGGAACAAGAAUACAAUCAUAACAAAGAAGGGAGACGUGCAAAAUGGGAAGCUCUCAAAAACGUGAUGACAUCUAAGUUCCCUGAGCAUAGAUAUAUGAGUGAUCACUUGAACCACUUGAAUGUCUCAAAGAAAUGGACAUCUUAAAUAACAAGGUGUACUUGUAUUUGGCAUCUGUUGUGCACCACCACAAAAUAUCUUGUUGUACCUGUUACGGUAGCUUUGUAAUACAGUGUAAUAUGGGCAGAUAAGUGACACUUUGCUAUAGUAUACCAAAAUCUUACAUUAAAAGUAAUCCUACAGAACAGUA